GGGUGGAUUUCUCACAAACAUCACGGUGGGCCCCGCCUAGUUUCCACCUCAGGAACUUCGUGCGCUCGGGGUCGCAGGCAACAUAUUCCAUCUUGAUCCCCAACUUUGGUCGCGCAGGUCUUAAAUAAUUCGAUCCAAUGAUUCCAGCUAUCCACUCAAUGGCCAGGAAAAACUAUCAAUCGUUGGCGUUUGGGAUUUGGUUCUGUAGAUCCAAAACAUGGUAAAGAAGAAAUCCUUUAGUCCUCUUUCUCACCAGUCACCUCCCUCUAGUUUCUGAUGUGACCAUUUCCGUGAUGAUAACCUGCUCGACAAAUUUUCAAUGAGGAGACUUUUGGUGCAUGAACCAUUCCUAGUAGUGCUGAUAACUCCUAAUGAGUAACCCAUCUUGCGAUCUCAGGUUGGAAAGAUUUUGAAUCACGUCAUUCAAAAUUCUUCCUCUCAAUUACUGUCCCAAGGAUUCCAUCUCAAUGGACGUUCCUUUCUCCUCUUUCCUUCUUUCUUCAUACUGUUUCGCAUUCCCUCCUACUUUACUCCAGAUGAAUUUUUCAUCUUGAGGUAACACUGGAUGAUUUUCUUACUGACAUGGACCAAAUGAUAUGAUAGAAAGGCAGUAUAAAUCAAUAUGGAAGGUACUCAUCUCAACCGUUCCUGGCGGAGGUUCAUUACAAUACACCCAAAUGAUGUCUACGAACAAGGUGCGGGUACUCUGUAGAUUUGGGGGCAACUUCAUUUGCGAUUCAAAUAAGGUUUAUUACAAGGGAGGCACGAACCGCAUUGCUCAUGUCGAUCGAGCGAUCAAUUACCUCACUUUUUUAUCCAAAGUGUGCGAGAUUUGCAAGUUGACCGUCGUUAGCAGCAUCAAGUACAAAUCUCCUGGUCUAGAUUUGGAAUCACUUCUGCCGAUUGAGAAUGAUAAUGAUGUAUCCAAUAUGAUGGAAGCAUUUCCUCAAAGCGGCGAGCCUAUUCACCUCUAUGUUUUUGUUGUCCAAAACCUUUCAAUUACUAUUCCGAUUCCCAGUAAUCUGAUGCAAAAUGCCGAUACUGGAAAUGUUCAAGUAUCGUUGCGGGAUUUACAUGGAAGUAAUGAGACACUUGGACCUUCCUCACCUAAUAUUAACGCCAAUAACGAUGAUGUUCCGAGUGCAUCAAAUGACUUGCAUGAAACGGACUGCUUGUUGAUGGACAGUUGUGUCAAUGACAUGCCGAAAAUGAUGCUGAUUUUAAAAGAAGGCCAAGAAUUUGAAGAUGCAAAUGCUUUUUACAAGGCUUUAAGUGAGUACGCCGUACGUUUGAAUUUCCAGUACAAGCAAACUGGGUCAGGUGGUGGCCAUUAUCAGGCGAAAUGCAUUAAAGGCGAUUGCUCAUGGCGCAUACAUGCAUGUAAGCUUCCUGACAAGCUUACAUUCAAGAUAAAAUCCUUGCAGGGAAACCAUACUUGUAAUGCUGCGAAUGAGUCAACAAUGUCAAACACAACAACGCAUCGACAAGCCACUAGGAAACAGAUUGCUGCUUUGGAUGAGGAUCGACUCCAGAAAAAUAUGCACUGUACACCCAAAGAUAUUGUUGAUGGGAUUAGUCGAGAAUGCGGGAUCAAAUUAAGUAAUGAUAAUGCUUGGAGGGGUAAAGAAUUGGCACUAAAAGAGCUGCACUGUGAACAAUCCAUUACACCUCUUACGACAAUUUGUGAAGAAAUACAGACAACAAAUACAGGAAGCACAACAAAGAUUAGUAGUUCAUUACAAUACACCCAAAUGAUGUCUACGAACAAGGUGCGGGUACUCUGUAGAUUUGGGGGCAACUUCAUUUGCGAUUCAAAUAAGGUUUAUUACAAGGGAGGCACGAACCGCAUUGCUCAUGUCGAUCGAGCGAUCAAUUACCUCACUCUUUUAUCCAAAGUGUGCGGAAUUUGCAAGUUGACCGUCGUUAGCAGCAUCAAGUACAAACCUCCUGGUCUAGAUUUGGAAUCACUUGUGCCGAUUGAGAAUGAUAACGACGUAUCCAAUAUGAUGGAAGCAUUUCCUCAAAGCAGCGAGCCUAUUCACCUCUAUGUUUUUGUUGUCCAAAACCUUUCAAUUACUAUUCCGAUUCCCAGUAAUAUGAUGCAGAAUGCCGAUACUGGAAAUGUUCAAGUAUCGUUGCGGGAUUUACAUGGAAGUAAUGAGACACUUGGACCUUCCUCACCUAAUAUUAACGCCAAUAACGAUGAUGUUCCGAGUGCAUCAAAUGACUUGCGUGAAACAGACUGCUUGUUGAUGGACAGUUGUGUCAAUGACAUGCCGAAAAUGAUGCUGAUUUUAAAAGAAGGCCAAGAAUUUGAAGAUGCAAAUGCUUUUUACAAGGCUUUAAGUGAGUACGCCAUACGUUGGAAUUUCCAGUACAAGCAAACUGGGUCAGGUGGUGGCCAUUAUCAGGCGAAAUGCAUUAAAGGCGAUUGCUCAUGGCGCAUACAUGCAUGUAAGCUUCCUGACAAGCUUACAUUCAAGAUAAAAUCCUUGCAGGGAAACCAUACUUGCAAUGCUGCGAAUGAGUCAACAAUGUCAAACACAACAACACAUCGACAAGCCAGUAGGAAACAGAUUGCUGCUUUGGACGAGGAUCGACUCCAGAAAAAUAUGCACUGUACACCCAAAGAUAUUGUUGAUGGGAUUAGUCGAGAAUGCGGGAUCAAAUUAAGUAAUGAUAGUGCUUGGAGGGGUAAAGAAUUGGCACUAAAAGAGCUGCACUGUGAACAAUCCAUUACACCUCUUACGACAAUUUGUGAAGAAAUACAGACAACAAAUACAGGAAGCACAACAAAGAUUAGUAGUUCAUUGCAACACACCCAAAUGAUGUCUACGAACAAGGUGCGGGUACUCUGUAGAUUUGGGGGCAACUUCAUUUGGGAUUCAAAUAAGGUUUAUUACAAGGGAGGUACGAACCGCAUUGCUCAUGUCGAUCGAGCGAUCAAUUACCUCACUCUUUUAUCCAAAGUGUGCGGGAUUUGCAAGUUGACCAUUGCUAGCAGCAUCAAGUACAAAUCUCCUGGUCUAGAUUUGGAAUCACUUGUGCCGAUUGAGAAUGAUAACGACGUAUCCAAUAUGAUGGAAGCAUUUCCUCAAAGCAGCGAACCUAUUCACCUCUAUGUUUUUGUUGUCCAAAACCUUUCAAUUACUAUUCCGAUUCCCAGUAAUCUGAUGCAGAAUGUCGAUACUGGAAAUGUUCAAGUAUCAUUGCGGGAUUUACAUGGAAGUAAUGAGACACAUGGACCUUCCUCACCUAAUAUUAACGCCAAUAAUGAUGAUGUUCCGAGUGCAUCAAAUGACUUGCAUGAAACGGACUGCUUGUUGAUGGACGGUUGUGUCAAUGACAUGCUGAAAAUGAUGUUGAUUUUAAAAGAAGGCCAAGAAUUUGAAAAUGCAAAUGCUUUUAUCAAGGCUUUAAGUGAGUAUGCCGUACGUUUGAAUUUCCAGUACAAGCACACUGGGUCAGGUGGUGGCCAUUAUCAGGCGAAAUGCAUUAAAGGUGAUUGCUCAUGGCGCAUACAUGCAUGUAAGCUUCCUGAUAAGCUUACAUUCAAGAUAAAAUCCUUGCAGGGAAACCAUACUUGUAAUGCUGCAAAUGAGUCAACAAUGUCAAACACAACAAUGCAUCGACAAGCCAGUAGGAAACGGAUUGCUGCUUUGGACGAGGAUCGACUCCAGAAAAAUUUGCACUAUACACCCAAAGAUAUUAUGGAUGAGAUUAGUCGAGAAUGCAGGAUCAAAGUAAGUAAUGAUAAUGCUUGGAGGGGAAAAGAAGUGUCACUAAAAGAGAUGCACUAUGAACAAUCCAUUACACCUCUUACGACGAUUUGUGAAGAAAUACAGACAACCAAUCCAGGAAGUACAACAAAGAUUAGCAGUAUUGAUGAAUCUUUUGAAGAUGUUAUCCACCCAAAAGGAGAUCCUGAUGCUGUUUCAAUUAGUAAGAUAGACGUUGAGCUAUUGCAACCAGAGACAUUCAUCAUUGAUCAGCCUUUUGAAGAUGUUAUCUAUCCGGAAGGAGAUGCUGAUGCUGUUUCAAUUAGUAAGGGAGACAUUGAGCUAUUGCAAGCAGAGAAAUUCAUCAAUGACACUAUCAUUGACUUUUAUAUUCAAUACUUGAAGAAUAAUAACCAACUUGAGGACAAGCAUAGGUUCCAUUUUUUCAACUGUUUUUUCUUCCGCAAGCUAGCUGAUCUAGACAAGGAUCCAGAAAGUGCAAAAGAAGGGAGGGCAGCUUUCCUACGUGUUUGCAAAUGGACACGGAAAGUAAAUAUAUUUGAAAAGGAUUACAUCUUCAUACCUGUAAAUUUCAAGGUUCAUUGGAGUUUGAUAGUUAUUUGUCAUCCUGGAGAAGUAGCUAAUUUUGAAGAUGAAGAAUUUGAAAAGGCACCUAAAGUACCAUGCAUAUUGCACAUGGAUUCUUCCAAAGGAAGUCACAUAGGUUUAAAUAAUCUUAUUCAAAGUUAUCUAUGGGAGGAGUGGAAAGAACGACGCAGGGAGUCAUCUAAUGAUGUUUCUUUAAAAUUCUCAAAACUACGAUUUGUCCCUCUAGAGCUGCCACAACAAGAAAAUUCAUUUGAUUGUGGCCUCUUUUUACUCCACUAUGUGGAACUAUUUUUGAAGGAAGCUCCAGUUAAUUUCAGCCCAAUUUUCUCAAAAUUUCUCAAUGUGGACUGGUUUCUGCCUUCUGAGGCUUCUCACAAGCGUUCUGUGAUUCAGAAACUAAUCUUUGAACUUCCGAAUGACCAUUCCCCGAAAAAUCCUCCAGCUGCAUGCAGUGGUCAACAUAGUCCUCCAAAAUUUCAAGAAAUUGGUGCCUAGAAAGAACAAGCUGUAGAAUUCCCUUUUGAGCAAUGCAAUCCAACCAAGAAGAGGGGUCCUGGUAAUUCGUUUUGCUAUACCAUCAACAGAGGCAUUGGGAUCAAACUGUUGCCUCCAUUGUCUUCUUGCAGUGUUCAGCCUGAUAACGAAUCAGGCAUUACUUUCAGGGAUUUUAUUGAACAAGGUGAUAUUGCAGGAUCUUCCCGGGAUGCGUAAUGUGAACUUUUUCACCGGGUGGACUCCUUUCAAGAGCUCAGUAGUCCAAUGUCGCAAAUGGAGGAAGAUGCUGAAACUGGUGGGCAGUUUGUAUUGUUGCCUUCAGAUAAAGUUGGUUAUAAGCUGCAGGCUGAAAUUACAGCCGAAGCAUGUCCAGCCCCGUAUUGCUCCAAUGACGUUGCAGCACUGAGGUGUCAUGUUCCCAAGAGACAUCGAUGCAACCCCAAGCAGCAUGAGGCUGGGGAUGCCUCAUCCGAGUCAUUGAGCCGUGGGUCACUGAAUUCGAUUGUUGCUGGUGUGGAAAAGCAUGCUGUGAGCGGGUAGAAGAAACAGAGGAAAAGCCGUGGUCGAUCUUGCCGGAGGAUUUUGGGGGUGACUCCGAUAACCCAGCUUUGGCUUCUGAUGAGAGGCUGGAGACUUGCGUGGUUGAAGAUACUUGGGAGGGGGAAGUUGUUUCUGAGAGCAAGGAGAGUCAGGAUUUGUUUAUCCCCUGCCAACAAAACCAUCCUUCUCGACAGGACAUUGAAACAACAGAAAACUGCGAGCCUUUGAGCGACGAUGGUGUGCAAUUGAGCGGCAAAGGUUUGGAGGAGGGAUGGGAACAGCAGGCCCACAAACACUUGAAGGUCAAGCCUCCUGACGGAGAAAGGCAACACACGCGAAUCAUGGCAAGGGAUUGCGAGCCAAGAAUUUGGCUCCAGUUUCCAAGCUUGCAGCCCCACUGUUAUGAUUACUGACUUGAGUUGAUUUCCCAUGCUGUUCAUAUUGUCACGGCUUUUCUGUUACGUGAUUCGAGGUAGUAGCCAAACUCAACAAGGCAGUUUGGUCAGGUGCUUUCCUAGAAUGAUUCUCUUUCUCAGAUGUAUUCCUUCUCUCGUGCUUUUUUCUUUUUCCUUGUUUCCAUCACUGACGAUGAUGCCAUCCAUGAAAAUAUCAUUUCAAAUGUUUUAUAAUUUCGGGUUGUUGUGGAACUCCA